GAGAGGCUCUUGGACAAUGAUCUGCCAGUUGUCGUGUUGAAGUACAAAUAUGACCUACAACUCACCAAAGUGCUCUUUCGUCACGCCGCCAUCCACUCAUUGAGCUUCUCCACUUCCUCCUAACGAUGCUGUCUACCAUCCUCCACAUCGCUGGCUUCGCAGCUGGCCUAGCACAGGCUCUUCCCCAGCCUACGCCAGUACCAAACGCAGCAACCCCCGUUCGCGCUGAAACAACUGUCGCACCUCAGCCUGAGGCUCGCCAGGCUGCUGUCAACCCAUUCGCUGGCUACAGCUUCUACGCCAAUCCAUACUACUCUUCGGAGGUGCACAGCUUGGCCAUCCCUUCACUCCCGGCGUCCCUGCGCCCGGGUGCUUCAGCUGUCGCCAAGGUCGGAUCAUUCGUAUGGCUCGACACUCGUGCGAAGGUGCCUACACUGGACACCUACCUGGCCGAAAUCAAGCAAAAAAAUGCUGCUGGCGCCAAGCUGAUGGCUACCUUUGUCGUUUACAACCUGCCUGACCGCGACUGUGCUGCUCUUGCAUCAAAUGGCGAACUGCUUAUCGACCAGGAUGGAGCGGACAAGUACAAGGUUGAGUACAUUGACAAGAUUGAAGCGAUUCUCAAGAAAUACCCUGACGUGAAGAUCAAUCUUGCUAUUGAGCCUGACUCGCUUGCCAACAUGGUCACCAACAUGGGUGUCCAGAAGUGCUCUCGUGCUGCACCCUACUACAGGGAUCUGACUGCUUAUGCUCUACGCAAGCUCAACCUUGCGAACGUGGACAUGUACCUGGAUGGUGGUCACGCUGGAUGGCUAGGCUGGGAUGCCAACAUUGGCCCUGCGGCCAAGCUGUUCGCUGAGGUGUACAAAGCUGCGGGAUCUCCUCGUGCUGUCCGUGGUAUUGUUACGAAUGUCUCCAACUACAACGCCUUCAGAAUUGGAUCAUGCCCUGCGAUUACAAGCCCCAACGCCAACUGCGAUGAGGAGCGUUUCAUCAAGGCAUUUGCCCCACUGUUGCAGGCUCAAGGCUUCCCCGCACGCUUCAUUGUCGAUGUUGGACGAUCUGGCAAGCAGCCUACUGGCCAGCAGGCAUGGGGUGACUGGUGCAAUGUCCAGGGUGCUGGGUUCGGUCCUCGUCCUACCACCAAUACUGGCAACUCGCUCGUCGAUGCUUUCGUUUGGGUCAAGCCUGGCGGUGAGAAUGGUGGCGCUUCAUAG